AUGAUCCGGCGCUGCUCAAACCUCCGGUCAUGGUGUCUUGCUGGCGAUUUUCAGAAUUCCCCUCGGCACAGAUCUUUUGCUGCGUCAUUCGCCCUCGGCGAGCUUGGUCUCAAGCUUUCGGGUUGGCUCAAACCUGGCGCAGUUUUGAAAGCCAAUACUGAUGAGAUCCGUCUGGAUCUUUUCUUCAAUACCUCUGCAGCGACAACUAAAGAUAUGGAAAGCCUGAUUUGUUUUCCGUGGAAGAAUUUCAGGGAUACACAAGGCGAGAACCAUGGAAAUGAUUUGAUCUCAAUCAAACAUCACAAACAAAUCACUGUCAAUUGGGCAUUGAUUUUGGGAGAUCUGCAUCAGAUUUUUACUCCUCUUUAUAACCCAAGAACAGAUCGGCUUCAGAGACAUGCUCAACACAAUCCUUUGUUAUCUUUCCCUCUCAGAGAUUUCCCCUUCUUGUGUGCUCCGGUACCUAUCUAA